CGCCACUUUAGAAGGUUCACUUAUCGCUGAGGGGAGCUUGAUGUGACCUCUGACCCAAACCGGAACCAUGCUGUCAUUAACGAUCAGAGAGAUUCUCACACAUUUGAAAGAUGGAAGGAUCUCUGCCAAAGAUUUAUGUGAAAAAUGCCUGGAGCGAUCACACCAAGCAAAGGAGCUCAACUUCCUCAUCAGUGAAACCAGGGAGCUGGCUCAGAUGUCUGCUGCAGACUCGGACAACAGACUGGACAAAAAACUGCCACCUCGUAACCUGGAGGGUGUGCCAAUGGUUUUCAAGGACAACUACUGUAUGAAGGGCAUCCCGACUACGUGUGCAUCUCGAAUGUUGUCCAACUUUUCACCGCCUUACAAUGCUACUAUGGUGCAGCGGACAACAGCGGCGGGAGCUGUCAUCGUCGGUAAAGCCAACAUGGACGAGUUUGCCAUGGGGUCAGCCAAUGUGGACAGUGUGGCUGGACCGGUCAUCAACCCUUGGAAGUACAAGUUCAGAAAGAGGCAUGGCAACGAGAGACAUCACAGGAGGAACAACCAAUCAAAAGACUCUGCCGGUGACCAUGUGACCAGUUCCUCAUCAUCUGAUUGGUUCAUUGCUGGAGGGAGUUCUGGGGGCAGUGCAGUUGCGGUUGCUGUUGGAGCAUGUUAUGCUGCCUUUUCUUCUGACACUGGAGGAUCGACACGUAACCCGGCCUCGUACUGUGGUGUGGUUGGACUGAAGCCAACAUAUGGGCUGACGUCCAGACAUGGCCUCAUCCCGCUGGUCAACUCCAUGGAUGUCCCCGGCAUCGUCACCAGGACGGUGGACGAUGCAGCUACAGUUCUAAAUGUAGUGGCUGGUCAUGACGUUCACGACUCCACCACCGUACGUGACCACUUUGACCCGGUCAGUCUGUCCACUGAGUUCUCAGUCAAGGGACUACAUGUUGGCAUUCCAAAGGAAUAUUUCGCCCCUGGUACAUCACCAGAUGUAGUGUUGGCAUGGCGACGGGCAGCAGACAUGUUGGAGAGGGCGGGUGCCCGGGUGACAGAGGUGUCCCUCCCCCACACACAGUACUCCAUCAUCUGCUACAACGUCCUCUGCUGCUGCGAGGUGGCCUCCAACAUGGCUCGCUACGACGGGAUAGAAUAUGGUUUGCGAGCCCCCGUUGAUGAUUCAACUGAAGAACUGUACGCCCAAAGUCGGCGCGAGGGUUUCAACUAUGUAGUCCGGUCAAGAAUCCUCAGUGGAAACUGGUUUCUUCUGAAGAGAAACUACGAGGACUACUUCAUCAAGGCCCAGAGAGUGAGGAGGCUCAUCAGUGAUGACUUCCAGAAAGUGUUUGCCAGUGGUGUCGAUGUCCUGUUGACUCCAACAACGCUCGGUGAUGCUCCUCUGUUCCGUGACUAUGUCAGCGAGGACAACAGAACUCGCACGGAGCAGCAUGACGUGUACACUCAGUCAGCCAACAUGGCAGGUAUUCCCGCGGUCAGUGUCCCGGCCUGCUUGUCCACACAAGGACUUCCAAUCGGACUCCAAUUCAUCGGAAACCAUUUUCAGGAACAGAAACUCUUGUCAGUGGCCCAGUGGUUUGAGCAGCAGGUGAACUUUCCUAGUUUGAAUCUCGAUCAUCUGGACGCUGAAUCCCCUACAGUAGCUUUAGAACAAGGCCUGUGAUUAACAUGCAGUACGAUUUGGUUUGGUUUGUUGUUUUACGCCGCCGCAAUAUUCCAGCUAUAUGACGGUUGUCUGUAAAUAAUCAAGUCUGGACCAGACAAUCCAGUGAUUUACAUCAUGAACAUCAAUCCACGCAAUUGGGAUCGAUGAAAUGCAUCAACCAAGUCAGCGAGCCUGACCACCCGAUCCCGUUAGUCGCCU